AUGGAUGAAGCACUCUAUAAUAAGACUAGUGGCAGAAGAGAAAUACGCCAAGCUAGAAUACUUCAAAUAUCAAGAGAGAGAACCAGAGAAGCCUUUCUGCGCUGGAAGCAAUCAUUGAUUUCAAAACAAGACUUAGCUCAGUUAGUUAGAGAAGGAAAAGUAGAUGGAAACUUAAUCCGAGCUUGGAAGAAAGGAAUGAAUCUCUGUUGUGUUCUUUGUAUUAGAAAAGGAAAGCGUUGUGUUUGUCGUAAGGUUAAAGGUAUUAUAUGUACUAAUUGCUUAUGUUCCGGUGAGUGUAUUUAG